GCCUCUCAGUGGCUGCGGAAAACUCGUUCCGUGAUGUUCUCCUAAUUUGAUUGCCUCGGCCAACAACUUUUACCCCUGCGAUUACACUUUAGACAAUGGAAAACACGUCUUCUUUGAUCUGCACCAAGGUAACGCCUUUUAGCUUGACGCUUGCCAACAAGAAGUUCAUUUCUUCUCUCAGACCUUCCAACAAACAUAUUGAUUGCAAAUUGGCUUUGAAGAACUCUGGUGCCCAGAAAAGUUUCAAAACCCAAUGGAAUAUCCCUCUAAACACUUCCUCUAGCUGCAGCACCGUUUUCAAUCUCUCCCCCAACAGUGUUACCAGUCGAUUCGUUAUUCAAUGCUCUUCAUAUUCUGAUGUAAAAACAAGCCUAGGCUCACCGAACCCAGUCAUAAUAGCCCUCAAAAACGUUUCUUUCGAGUCACUAAAAUCGACCCUUUUAAAUUUAACCCCAUUUGAGGUAUGCAAAUGGUCUUUGGCUUUCUCCAUUGCAGUUGCAGCCUCAAAGUGGACGAUCAAUGUGCUAUUCAGCCCUUUCUUCUGGAUGUAUUUUAGCUGGACUUGGUUGUUUUGGCCUUGGAUGGUAGCUAUUAGUCUUGCAAUUUACGGUCUUUACUGCUUUAACAGGCAUUUACACGGCAAUGCCAAUGCUUUUCAGCAGCUUUCAAUUGUUACUGCAGCAUUUACUUGGCUCACUUUAGUACCCCCAGCACAUUUCAAUGGUUUUCUGGAAGGAUGGCCUAUUGUGUUUUUCUUUGUUUAUCACUACUUCUUUUUCUUCAAUGUGAGUGUCCGAAAGCGGUUGUAUGGUGAUUAUUAUCCCAGAGAGCAUGAUCCCGCUUGGGAUAUUACCCUGCCCAAGUGGCAAAAACUCUUGUUCUGUGCUGGAGUGAUGGUUGGCCAUUGGUUUGCAGCAUUUGAGGGGCCAGAAUUGCAUCUUGUUCCUGGUGGCUGGAGUAAUUUGGGCAUUUGGAUUUUGAUAAUGUUGACAUUGUUUAUGCAGUACCACUCCACGUCGUAUUUGGCAAAGUAUUCAGAGAAGGUGGUUGUGCCGACUGCUGUUGUGCUGUUUGGGCCAUAUCGGUUUGUCCGCCAUCCAAUUUAUGCGUCCACGAUGCUUUUGUUCGUCACUUACUUUGCUGCAAUGCGAGCACCCUUGAGCGCAUUGUUUAUAGUUGCAGUCUGCAUAUUCUAUUACGGGCAAAAGGCAAAACUAGAGGAACUCAUGAUGGUGAAAACCUUUGGACAGAUGUACACUGGAUACACGAGUAAAGUUAGGUACAAAUUUAUCCCCUUUGUUUACUAGUUUAUGUUGUAAUAUUAAUGUCUUGGAAGAAAAGUGAUAAUACUAUGAGUUCAUGGAUUCUUGAUCUUUUUUCUAAUCUUUGUGAGUCCAAGUAUCAUUUGAAAAGCUUAUUAGCCUGUAAAAUGAGUUGGUUUCUAGCUGGUUGAAGGUAUUAACAAGCCUUUAAGCAAUCAUGUGUGUCAAUCUUAUGUUGGAUGUUCGUUUGGCAGAUAUACUCAUAGAAAUGCAAGUCCUGUAGAAACUUGGGCUGAUGACCUUAUGGUUGAGUUUAUUGUUAUGUAUUUUGUAGUCUGUUCAA